CGGAACCAGAAAUGAGGUUCUUGAUAACCUCACUGCUUUUUGCGAUUUGCUUGUUGAUAAAGUUUUUCCGAAUCACAUCAAGGAAUUCAAAGAUUAUGCUAAUAUGUACUACAAAAUAAAGAAAAACAAAGUCAAUCUCUCAGAAGAUUCCAUUUGCGCCAAAGCUUUUGUUCUUUUACAGUCACUGCUGCCACGCUCUCGACUAGCUCAUAAUAAGACUAAUGCAAAAAAGGCUUUAUUCUAUCAAAGAGUCACUAGACAGUUUUAUGGUUGUUUGCGCAACUGAAACGGAAUAUAAACAAAUGUAUGAUUGCAAAGUCCAGGCAGAAUCAUCUAUUGCCCCCUUCAUAUCAUUAAUUGGAACCCUAGAUGAGCCACAAUCAUUCAUGAUUGACUUUGACAACAUCAUUUACAAAGUUUUCAACUUCGCGAAAGCUGUGGAUAUAUGUUUUAAAGCAUACAAUGUUUUUAAUAUGGCCUACGCCGAGCCAUGCGCUGCAAUGUGGGACUUCAUUAACAGACAAUUCUAUCAGUUAACUAUCAACGCCAAGCCCAAGCCAGGAAUAGAGGCACUGCUUAAUGAAAUUAAAAUCGCAAAAGAAACAAACCUAGAAGAAGAUACGAAUCUGCCGAGCACCUCUACAUUUUGUUAAAUACACUAAAAUUUACGAUAAAAAUAUAAUAAAACCCACCAUGCAAAACAUGAGAAAUAGGCAACAAUCGUCAAUGUCAACAAAUUCGCGACUCG